GAACCAUGCAGAUACAGUAAACACUUUCUUUCUUCACAGGCAUCUCCUAAGUUAAGUACUCCUUUGACUCGAAGUUCAAGUUCGAUGUCACUAUAUGAAGAUGGUGUUGCUAACUACCAUUCCCGCACUCCAUCUGAGUACAGUUAUUCUUCUUCAAGAGCCAGCUCAGCACGAAGCAGCCCUGUGUGUACAGAUGAUGAGAGUUCUGUAUCUUCGUAUAGCGGUGGUCGUGGGAGAAGGGAUAGUGUGUCGUCAGAUUUUUCUGACCAGAGUGAAUCUGCAGCUGACUAUUUUAGCCGUUCCAACCGUAGGGGAAGCAUCGUGUCUGACGUGGAUGAUGUCAGCAUCCCUGACAUAAAUAGCCAGGAUGAGAAAAUUGAGAAGCAGCACACAGACAGCUUCUCCAGGCCAUCGUCUCGAAAUGCAACAUCAGGACUUCCAGGAACAUUUACCCCCUUAAGCGGCUCAUCAUCUCGGAGAGGUAGCGGAGACACAAGCAGUUUGUUGGAUCCAGAUGCCUCAUUAAGUGAGCUAAGGGAUAUCUAUGACCUUAAGGACCAGAUUCAAGAUGUAGAAGGGAGAUACAUGCAGGGACUAAAAGAACUAAAGGAAUCACUGGUGGAGGUAGAGGAAAAAUACAAAAAAGCCAUGGUAUCCAACGCCCAACUUGACAACGAAAAAAGCAAUCUGGGCUAUCAAGUGGAUACUUUAAAAGAUGUUAUUGAGGAAAUGGAGGAACAGAUGGCAGAAUAUCACAGAGAAAAUGAAGACAAAUCAAAGGAAUUAGAAAGGCAAAAACAUACCUGCGGCAUUCUCCAACAUAAGUUAGAUGAACUUAAAGAAGGGAUUCGCCAAAGGGAUGAACUCAUCGAGGAAAACCAGAGAUUUCAGCAAAAAAUAGACUCACUAACAAGGGAGGUGUAUGACCUACAGGAGACAGUUAAUUGGAAAGAUAAAAAGAUUGGGGCACUAGAAAGACAAAAAGAGUACUUUGACUGCAUUAAGAAUGAACGGGAUGAGCUCAGAGAUGAGCUGACCGACAUGAAAGCAAAAAUGAAUGUAGGCAAGAAACAUGGUUUAGUUAUUAUCCCAGAUGGUACCCCCAAUGGUGAUAUAAAUCAUGAGCCAGUGGUUGGUGCAAUAACAGUGGUAUCCCAGGAAGCCGCACACGUUCUGGAAUCUGCCGGAGAAGGACCACUUGAUGUACGGCUACGGAAACUAGCUGAGGAGAAGGAGGAGCUUUUGUCCCAGAUUAGAAAACUAAAGUUGCAUCUGGAUGAGGAGCGCCAAAAACAUUUGAAGAAUGAAAACACGACAACUGAUUCAGCAGGACUAGAGAAUGGUUCUGACUUGCAACUAAUUGAAAUGCAGAGGGAGGCAAACAGACAAAUUAGUGAAUUUAAGUUCAAACUUUCAAAAUCAGAACAAGAUAUAACUACGCUGGAGCAAAAUGUUCUCAGGCUUGAAGGGCAAGUGGUCAGAUAUAAAUCUGCUGCAGAGAGUGCUGAAAAAAUAGAAGAUGAGCUAAAGGCAGAAAAGCGGAGGCUUCAAAGAGAGCUUCGGACUGCUUUGGAUAAGAUGGAAGAGAUGGAGAUGACAAAUACCCACUUAGUAAAACGAUUAGAGAAGAUGAAAGCCAACAGGAAUGCACUUCUAUCUCAACAGUAAAGAGGAUGAGACGUAACACACUGCACUGCUCCACAAAACAACUUUCCCUCACCUUGUCUUAUUACGGAUGUUCUCAUUGGCACCACUAGUGCAAAUGCUGUCUUGGCCUUCCAAGUCUUAGCAACGUAAUGAGGUGUCAACCUUUAAUUUAUAAGUGGAUAUAGGAACUGGCAUAGUAUUCUAAACUGUGUUGAUUUCUCCUUUUCAGCACAUUUAUUCAGGUAAAUUAAAGAGCUGGAGCGCAACACGCUGGAUUACUGAUUUUUGAUAGGACAUUUUUUUCCACAUCAUUAUAAUCUUUUACUCACACCUUAUUUGUCUGCUGCUGACUAGAACCUACUGCAUGAAGAGGAUAAUUUAAUACAACCUCAUGAAAUAUACCUAUCCAAUGCUGUGCUGAGACUCAACUCUACAUAACCCCUUCCCUGUUGCAAGGAAGUCCUAGAAAAGGAAGGAGCAUUGUUUUUGCCAAACUUGGAGUCACAUUCAAGCAUUCAAUGUUGUUCCACAAGAUGGAACUUCUGCAGGCUGGUGAGCCACACAGUGAGAUUAGGGGGUCUGUAGUAUUGUACAGUUCCACUUGCACAUUUGUAGUGCAGCGGGGAAGGGGUUAAACAGCCAAGUGCCUUCCUCACUGUAAUUUCAACUCUAAAGGUGUUAAACUGUUCAAAGCUAUUAAAUCAAGUGCGCUAACAUUUAUACUUAGGACGUUACAAUAUGGGGUAUAUGUACAUUCAUUAAACUUUAUACGUUUUGAACAAAAAAAACUUUUUGUAAAAAUAUAUGAAUUUGUAAAAGAAAUGUUUAACAAAAGACAGGGACUAUGUAUAUAAAUUUGGCUUUUAAUGCAUGGGUGAUGGCACAGCUGGAUGAUAGUAUUUUAAUGAAAUUGAUUAGUUUGUAAACUCUUAUGGUAAGAGCAUAAACUAUAAAUAUGAGUAAGAUCUUUUGCUGUACAUUGUAAAAUUGUGUAAUCUGCUGCUUGAGUGUGAGUGGAGCCUUCAGACCCAUGGCUGAGGGAUCUAUUAAAUGGACACUUUAAUAGCCAA